UCAUCUAUAAGUAACAUUGAUGCUUUUCUUAAGGAUAUUUCACAAAUCCACUCCAAACAAAGCAAUUAAGUUAGUUGCCUACUGUGUACUUGGUCGGCUCUGAUGAUCUCUUUCCGAUAACCUUUUGAUUCUUAUACUCUGGUGGUCGUUAAAACCUAGUUACGUAAGAAUAAAUUAUAUAUAUAGCGCCAGAUCUCAUAAAAUUAAUUUUCUGGGCCCUGGUAAAGCAGGCCAGGAAGUAACUUUCUCUGAUCACUCAAUAAGACGUCCGUGCAUCUCCAAUCAGGAGUAAAUGCAAGCAAAUGAGCAAUUUUUUAAGACCCCAAACAUGAUGAAUGCUGUCAACAGUGUGCACCAAACUGCCAUUUGCCAUGUGGUGGCAAUGCCUUUUCCAGGUCGAGGCCACAUCAACCCCAUGAUGAAUCUCUGCAAAUUACUAGCUUCAAAAUCACAAGAUAUUGCCAUCACCUUCGUUGUUACUGAAGACUAGCUUGGAUGGAUCAAUAAGCAGUAAGGAAGCAAAUCAAGAGAAACAGAGGAAAUAAAAACAGAAGAAAAAACAGACGAGAGCUGAAGGCAAGCCCCGAAUUGAUCAAAGGUUGUUCAAUCACAUUCCAGACAUGAAAAACCUUGUUGUAUCUGAGCAAAACACCUUCUGCCAUGUGGUGUGCAUGCCGUAUCCUGGUCGAGGCCACAUGAACCCCAUCAUCAAUUUCUGAAAGCUACUAGUUUUAAGAAACGACAACAUACUUAUAACCUUUGUAGUCACCGAAGAAUGGCUCAGCUUCCUCAGCUCCGAGAAUAUGCCGGAAAAAAUACGCUUGGUUUCAAUACCAAAUGUGAUCCCAUCGGAGCGAGAUCGACCAGGCAACAUGAAGGAGUUCAUGGAAGCUGUUAUGACGAAAAUGGAGCGUCCUUUUGAACUUCUCCUCGAUCAACUUGAGCUGCCGGCUACUAUGAUAAUUGCUGAUAGUUUCUUGUAUUGGGCUGUCAGUGUUGGGAAUCGGAGGAAUAUUCCUGUGGCGUCGUUUUGGACUAUGUCAGCUAUGAUCUUUUCGGUGUUUCAACAUUUCGACCUUUUAGUGCAAAAUGGACACUACCCAGUUGACUUGUUAGAAAGGGGCGAGGAACGUGUGGACUACAUCCCAGGAGUUUCUUCAACACGUCUGAUGGACUUUCCAUCGCUCAUCAGUGGCAACGAGUCAUAUAUAUUGCAGCAAUUCCAUAGGAUUAUUUCGUGGGUGCAUAAAGCACAAUAUCUCUUAUUCACUUCAAUAUAUGAGCUAGAACCCUAUGCCAUUGAUGCUUUAAGAGCAAAGUUUCAGAUACCCAUCUACACGGUUGGCCCUGCCAUACCUUGGUUUAAGAUUGAAGACAAUUCCUCAUUAAGUCCUAGACACAAUGAAAUCAACUACAUAGAGUGGCUAAACAGCCAACCUAACAGUUCAGUUCUUUAUGUCUCUCUUGGAAGUAAUCUUUCAAUUUCAGGCACUCAAAUUGAUGAAAUUGCUGCUGGUUUGUGCCAUAGCGGUGUUAGGUUCUUGUGGGCUGUUCGUGGAGAAACAGGUAAACUGAAAGAGGCCUGUGGUAAAAUGGGAUUGUUGGUUCCCUGGUGUGACCAAUUGAAGGUGUUAUCUCAUCCUUGUACUGGGGGAUUUUGGACACAUUGUGGGUGGAAUUCUAUUAAAGAAGGUGUUUUUGCAGGAGCUCCUUUCCUUACAUUCCCUCUAGGAGUGGACCAAAUUAUAAAUAGCAAGUUAAUUGAGGAAGAUUUGAAAAUUGGUUGGAGAGUUAGAAAGGAAACGAGAGUGGAAAAUUUGGUGACAAGGGAUGCAAUGAAGAGGCUUGUGCGCAAGUUUAUGGAUACGGAAAGCAUUGAAGUUAAAGAAAUGAGGAAAAGGGCGAAAGAACUGGGAGAGAUGUGCCAAAAUGCAAUUUCAGAAGAUGGAUCAUCUGAAAUUGACAUCAAAUCCUUCAUUAGGGACAUUUCUUAACACCAAGAGCAAACUCAAGGCAGAACAUCUUAAAGUUUACGUA